UGGGUUGUCCUCCUUCUCCCCGCUCAGAGUAUUUACUUUAUGGUAACCCGAGCCCGAGGACGGUUUUAUCCCAUCAGGACUCAGGUGACGCAUUACAGACGGGCAAUGAUCCGUCCUGUUCAUACGCUACAGAGACCGAGAUGAUACCUGGUGACAUAUCUGUGGACUUAGAUACACAGACUAAUCCAAUGAGAGGGACUGGAACCGGUACAGUAGUAGUGUAAACUCUGAAAGGUGCCUAGAUAAGAAAGGGGAGGUUGUAGUCUUAGAUGAGGUGAUUGUGAAAGUGGAGGAUGACACUCCUCUGACAUGGAAUGCAAACGAAACUCACUUAGGAGAAGGACACUCGCAGGGCAACACCAGUGACUUCUUAGAAUACAGGGAAAACUUAGAGACAAAUCCAAAUGUCGCAACCCACUCCCCUUUACACGCGUUCAGGGAUCACGACCCAGUGUCCACGUCAAUGGGGCCUUCUGAUUCACACGGCCGCAUCCUUUUCGAUCAUCAGGUAUUGAACUCAAAUGACAGGGCUAGAGCCCAGGCUCAGGGAGGGGGAGCCACAUCAGGCAGUAGUAAAGAGAAACGGUUCCUCUGCAUGUUCUGUAACAAAGGCUUCAGCUGCCUCCAGAAGGUGGAGAGUCACCAGAGGGUCCACACAGGGGAGAAAUCCUUCAGCUGUACCCAGUGUGAGAAGAGGUUCUCCCACCAGCACCACCUGAAGAGGCACCAGAGGGUCCACACAGGGGAGAAACCCUACAGCUGCCCCCAGUGUGAGAAGAGGUUCUCCCGCCAGGACCAGCUGAAGAUGCACCUGAAGGUCCACGGAGAGAGGCCGUUCGCCUGCACUCACUGCGGGAAGAGGUUCUCAGAGAGGAGCUACCUCAGGACACACCAGCAGAAAAACCAUUCCACUCUAUAACAUAGAAAAUAACUAUUCCACCCGAUAGUUUCUGACGUUUAGAUCAAACCCUGCAUUAAAGACAAAGAUUCAUUUUCAUUGUUGUCAGCAGACAAUAUCCACAGAUGCAUUUGGAAUAACAAGAGUAACAGAUUUCAGUGUUGAAUAUUCCUGGGUAGAAUAUUGCAUCCAGACAUUGUGUGAUAUAUAAGGC